AUGCGAGUGCCGUCGAAGCCCGACUCCUCGCCCAGCAAUCCCGCUCUAAUGGAUUCGCUGAGUGACCAGCUUAUGAUUCACCAAGAGGCCUACCAAGUGGGCAUCGACGGGCACCUCGACCGCCAAGAUCGAGCAAGCAACGAGAUCCGCGAGCUAUUACGACUCCAAGUCGAGCAGUCGAAUGCCCUCAUGGAGCUUGUGCGCGCCACCUCAUCUACACAAGCAACGACACAAGUACAAGUUCAGGCACUAAUUGUGUCCGUGGAAGAAGAGAAGGGAAAACCGGACACUGACCUACUUCGUGAGCUGCGCAACAAUGCCCGCCUGGCAUCCAUGAAACAGAACCAGGCAGCUUGGCAGCGCGAGAUGGAGCUGGAGCGAGCGGCCACCAACGCCAAACACGACGAUCGAGCUGUCCACGCCGACAAGGAACUAUUGAUUGAGCUUCAGAGCCUACGAGAACUGAUCAGUCAACUACGGAGUUCCAACAUUCCAUCAAUCUCUACGGCAACCAAAACAUCUACCACCCCACCAACCGUCACAAAGAAGUUGUUCACGAACCUGCUCCGAGUCGACAACUGUGGCGACAGCGGGGACGACGAAGACGACAACGACGACGGACGCAGUGGCGAGAGUAGUCAAAGAGGCGAUGACCGCGACAACCGUGGCAGGAAACGCAACGGCAAGCCUCACAAGGACGCAAGCGGCGCAGGUGGCGACCCCUACGAGCCAAGCGAUGGCGAAAGCAGCGAGGGAGAUGACAUUGAUGCACCGCCGGAUUCCCGAAGACAUCGGGGAGCCCACCCACGCCCACGAAACCCUAAAUUGAAGGACUUCAAGAUUCAACCGCUCUUCGAUGGGAAAGAAAAGUACCCGGGAUUAGGCAGCGACUUCCCAACUUGGCUGUCAAUCUUCGAGGCGCCAUUGCAACCAAUGUAG